CUUCCUGUUAAAGGAUUGGUGAAAGAUAGUCAAUAUGUUUUCCGAGUUUUUGCUCGAAGUGAAAUUGGUUUGAGUGAACCGACUGAAUCUGAGCCUUUCACAGCUAAACACAUGUUUACUGUCCCUGGUCGUCCAGCGGCACCAGAAGUAACAGGAACCGACAAGAAAUCUGCAGCCUUAAAAUGGACCCCACCAGAAUCUGAUGGUGGUAGCCCAAUCACUAACUAUAUCAUUGAAUACCGACCUAAAGGAUCAUUUAACUGGACCAAGGCAAAUGAUUCCACAGUGCCUGAUACAACUUUCAGUGUGACUGGACUACGGGAGAAAUCUGAAUACCAGUUCCGUAUUUCUGCCGAGAACCGUGCUGGUGUUGGUGAACCAUCAGAACCAACUAAACCUGUUUUAGUUGAAGAACCAAUUGAUGUACCAAGUGAGCCACGAAAAUUCCAACCAACCGAAGUUACAAAAUCAUCAGUGACAUUAACCUGGGUACCACCAGAGAACGACGGAGGAAGCCCAGUAACUGGAUAUUUGAUUGAGAAGAAGACUAAAACCAGUCCACGAUGGACGAAAUGUAACAAGAGCCCUGUUCGUGAUACUAUUUAUACAGUCACUGAUCUGAUCGAGAAUGACGACUAUGAAUUCAGGAUCAUGGCAGAGAAUGCCGCUGGUGCUGGUAAAGCCACUCAAGCUAUUGGACCCAUUAAAGCUAAAGAUCCAUUCGCUGCACCCCAUCUCGAGUUCGAUAACAAAUUCCGUGACGUAGUGAAACUUCAAUCUGGCGCUACCCUGAAGAUUCCUGUCAAAUAUUCUGGCAUUCCCACACCAACUAUCACCUGGAGUAAGGAAGAAAAGGUAUUGAAGACUUCUGGAAGAGUAACAGUAGAUGUAAAAGAUACGACCACAACUUUGACUAUCAAGAAAAUUGGUGUAGAAGAUGACGGACUAUAUAUACUGAAGGCUGUCAACGAUGCCGGCGAGAUCUCAUCUAAAUUUGAUGUCGCUGUCAUUGAUGUACCUGGUAAACCAGAAGGACCAAUCACAGUGGAGGAUGUUCAACGUAAUGCCGUGACGUUGUCGUGGAAACCACCUAAAGAUGACGGAGGUGUGGACAUCAGGUCUUACAUCAUUGAACGUAAAGAAGCCAAGCGCACCAUGUGGACUAAAGCUGGUAGCGUUAACGGCGAGACCUUGACCUUCACACCAACUGGAUUACUUGAAGGCACAGAAUAUUACUUCCGUAUUUCGGCUGAAAAUGAAGUUGGAAUCUCGGAACCACUGGCCAUGGAUUCUCCUGUAACACCAAAGAGUCCAUUCGCUGCUCCAUCAGCACCAAUAGGUCCUCUGGAAGUAACAGAUAUACAGAGAGACAAUGCUACCAUUGCCUGGAAAGCUCCUGAAGAUGAUGGUGGUUCUCCCAUUACUGGUUAUAUCAUUGAGAAGAGAGACACCAAGAGAAAUAACUGGUCUAAAGUUGGUAAAGCACCAGCAGGAUCAACAGAAUACAAUGUACCUGGUUUGAUCGAGGGUACUUCUUACUAUUUCCGAGUUAUUGCAGAGAACAAGGCUGGACAAAGUGAUCCAUUAGAAACUGAGAAACCAGUCACAGCCAAGAGUCCAUUUGGUAAGUGGAAUGAUUCACAUAACAAGUCUUUGUGUCGACCUUGCCUUAGUAAUUUGUGCCCUUAUUCCCGUUUUGAUUAA